UUAUUAUUAUUAUUAUUAGAACUCUCUCAAGUCUCAACCCUCUUCUCUCUUCCCGACAACGCAUCACGCUACCGGCCUCUCCCGACGACGACGGCGACGACGCUGACGGCGGCAACGCAGGUGGACUCAUCAGUCCCUUCACCUCCAAACUCCGACGACGCCUGAUCCACCUCCACUCCGAUCCGAGGUGUCACAUGUUCGUUGUAGCUCAGGUAGCCCACGCUAUUAUACUAAUACCCGAUUGAGCUAAUUUUCGCGGGGUCCCUUUUCUGUUUUGCCACAAAAAACACUCCAUCCAGUCACGGACAACUCCACCAAAGCCACCUAGCCACGGCACAGCACCAAACCACUCCCAGUCACGUCCAACACCUAUCCCCUCUCCAUUUCCAUUUGUGUUACGGUUUUUCUGAAUUUCUUGACCAAGAAUGGCGAAGGAGGAUUUAAGGGUUUACAAUUCCAUGACUCAGCUGAAGGAGAUCUUUGAUCCUGCUCAAAAAGGAGUAAAAAGUACUGACCUUGAAAAGCAUCGACUUUCUUCCAUCCCAAAUUGAGUUCAAAGUAUCAAAUAUUUUUCUCUGCUUAGAUUUAGUCUUAAAUCUUCGUUGUGGUGUGAAUUAUUAAAGGUAAGCUCGAAUAACUUCCUGUUUAGGUUUAUAUUUCUAUUUUUAGAAUGUUAGUUAUUAUCUGUUGUUGUAUUGAACUUUUCUUUUUAACUUUCUAGGACAACGCCUGUUACAGUCCCAGAACUUGUUAAACCUUGGAGUGAUACCUUGAUUUUUGUUGAAACAUCCUCUUUUCCCAUCACUGAAAUUAGGGUCUGCAGGUCAUGAGUGGUUGUUUGGUAUGGAAAUUUCAUUUUUCCAAUUACUUUUUGUUUGGUUGGCAGAUAGAUUUGGGUUCUCUGUUGUCUGAAUGAUUACAUGGUCUAAGAACUGUGUUUGGUUUUGGUAUUGAGUGUCCUAUGAUGGAUAAUUCAGGUUUGGGAGGCGGGUUUUUGUCAGGUCCAAAUGGGGGGUUACUAGACUUAGAGUCAUCAAUUCAUAGACACCAAACAAGCCAGUUGGGUCAUUCCACAUUAGCACACCCACAUCAUAUGAAUAUAAUAGGUGGCAUUGAGAGUGAACACCAUCCCAUUACCCUUAUGGAAGUGAAAGGAUCAACAUCGAAAGGCAUUUCUGUGUUUGGAAAAGGGAAAGCAGUUGCCCCGAUGACCAGUAGUCAUAGUUAUAACAUGAGUGAAGAAGAUGAACCGAGUUAUAUGGAAGAUGGGAGUGGUGAGAAUUAUGAUGGAGCAAAGGGGAAAAAGGGAUCUCCGUGGCAGCGAAUGAAGUGGACUGAUCAUGUAGUUAAGCUUCUUAUUGCUGUGGUUGCUUGUGUGGGUGAUGAUGGAAUGAUUGCUGGUGGGGACGGGCCAAAGAGAAAAUCUGGUAUUUUACAGAAGAAAGGUAAGUGGAAAACGGUUUCUAAGAUAAUGAUCAAAAAAGGUUGUCAUGUGUCUCCUCAACAGUGUGAAGACAAGUUUAAUGACUUGAACAAAAGGUACAAAAGGUUGAAUGACAUUCUCGGGAGGGGAACGAGUUGUAGAGUCGUGGAGAACCCUGCUCUUAUGGACUCAAUGCCUCAGCUUUCAGCUAAGGCAAAAGAUGAUGUUAAAAAGAUAUUGAGCUCAAAACACUUAUUUUACAAGGAAAUGUGUGCUUAUCAUAAUGGGCAAAUGAUACCCGAUUGUCACGAUAUUGAUUUACAAGGUUGUUCUUUACCUCUUAGGUGCUCGAAAGACAGUAAUCCAUCUGAGGAAGAUGCUGAGGAAAAUCACGAUAGUGAGGAAGAUGAUUUGGACAAUGAAGAUGAUCAUCACAACGACAAUGAUGAGGAGAGGAUGAGACAUUUCGGUGACAGGAAGAGGAUGAAUGACGAUGAUGCCCAUUUCUGGACAUCACCUCAGGAAACUUUUGAAGGUGAAAUGAUGGGGUUUUUCCAAGAUCCCACAAAAUCAUUAUGGGAGCGGAAGGAGUGGGUUGAGAAACAAAAAUUGCAUCUCCAAGAGCAGAGAAUCAAUUUCCAGGCUCAAGCCCUUGAACUCGAGAAGCAGCGGUUUAGGUGGCUGAGAUACUGCAGCAAGAAAGACAGAGAGUUGGAAAGACUGAGGUUGGAAAAUGAGAGAAUGAGAUUAGAGAACGAGCGGAAAGUACUGCAACUGAAGCAGAAGGAACUGGAAUUAGAUUUGAGGAGGCCAGAAGCUUCCUUAGAGCAUUCCCCUCUCGGUAUCGACAUAGUACCAGGGAGAGAUCAGAUUGAUCUUGGUAGACAUCAGUAGAUUCUGAGCACAUCAGAUUGAUCUAGUUUGGUCGAUAUCGAUUUCUUGCUAUAGCGUAGGCACACUAAUCUUGUGUGAGUUUUUCUUCAAUGAAUUGCUAUAUAAUAUGCUGUUUUUGUUGCUGUAAAUUAGAAAGACACACUUGACUAAUCAUAUAUUAAUAAACAAGCUUGAAAUUGUAUUGUUUUUGAUAUUGUAUUAGAUAAGAAUGGUGGGAAAUUUUGUAAAACAAUAAUCUUCAGAGACUAAAUAAGACUGAUUACAUAAUUGAAGAAA